GAAUCCAGGCUUACCCGAGCUCCAGCUGGACACUAAUGAGAGAAGGAAGGCAACCAUAGAAGAAGCAUCAUGCCUGGCUUGAUCAACAAGGGGAAAAGGACUGCCCUGCCACUCUGUGUCUCGGAAAUCACUUCCUGUGUCAGAGGUUACACGCUGGCAAUGACGGUUUCCAUGAGUUACAACAACAUCGAGGACCAUCCCAUUGAAGGUAUCUUCAUUUACCCAUUGGAUGAGUGUACCACAAUGGUGGGCUUUGAAGCCAUGGUGUCCAAUCGAAUCAUCACAGUGCAGAUCAGAGACAAGGCCAAGAUUGACGACAGCUAUUUCGACUGCUGUUCAGUGGCCAAUGGAGCCUUCCAGACCGGCAGUGGUCAUAUUGUGCUGGACGAGGACCUGGAGAGGACUGUGCUAGUGGUCAACCUUGGGGUCAUCCCCCCUCUUGAGACCGUCACGGUGCUGGUCAGCACAUCCUCAGAGCUGACCACCCUUCCCAAUGGGGCUGUCAAGGUCACCUCCCCUACGGUCUGUACCCCAAAAGUCCAGAGGUCUGUCAACGAGGAACAAGGCUUCUCCCCAAACCUGGCCAGAGUGAAAGACAGGCACCACUGUGCCUUGGGUCCACAUGACCAGGGCUCCACCAAUAGCCAGCUGUGCCUGGCCUGGCUUCUUGAAGAGGAGCCUAUCAACUCAAUCGACUACGAGUUUAACUUCCAGCUGGAGAUCCGGGGCCCCUACCUCCUGGCAGGUGUGGAGAGCCCCACGCAUGCCAUCCGGGCCGAUGCUGACCCCUCUGCCCGCUCCGCCACCACCGUCGUCAUCACGCUGGCUGACAAGUACACCUAUGACUGCCCCGUCGAAAUCCUCAUCUACCCAAGCGAGCCACACAUGCCACACAUCCUCAUCGAGGACGGAGACAUGACAGCCGAGGAGUACGAGGAGCACCUCAAGGGGAGGAGCGAUUACAUCAGGGGGACGAGGAGGGACCCCAGUGACGAGAAGAAAGUGGAGAUCAUACGCAAGCGGCUCCACAAGGACAUGCUCCACAACCCUGUGGUCAUGCUCAACUUCUGCCCUGACCUGAAAGCCUUGACCUCUGACCUGAGGCGCGUCCAGGGGGAGUUCAUCUUCCUCAUUGACCGCAGCGGGAGCAUGAGCGGUGUCAACAUCAGUCGAGUUAAGGAAGCCAUGGUGGUGAUCUUGAAGAGCCUGGUCCCAGCCUGCCUGUUCAAUAUCAUCGGCUUUGGUUCCACAUUCAAAACGCUGUUUCCUUCCAGUCAGAGUUAUGGUGAGGAAACCCUGGCUUCAGCUUGUGAGCACAUUAAGAAGAUCAGAGCCGACAUGGGCGGCACCAACAUCCUGGCGCCGCUGAACUGGAUCCUGCAGCAGCCCCUGUACCGGGGUCACCCCCGGCUGCUCUUCCUGCUCACCGAUGGCGCUGUCAGCAACACGGGGAAGGUCAUUGAGCUGGUCCGCAGCCAUGCCCGUUUCACCAGGUGUUACACUUUUGGGAUUGGCCAGAAUGCCUGCAGGAGGCUUGUGAUUGGUCUUUCCACUGUCUCCAAAGGCACUGCUGAGUUUUUGGCAGAGGGCGAGAGACUGCAGCCCAAGAUGAUCAAAUCCCUCAAGAAGUCUAUGGCCCCAGUUCUAAGCGACAUUGCCAUCGAAUGGCUAUUUCCUGAAACAAAGGAGGUGUUACUUUCCCCAGUGGGGUCUACCUACCUGUUUCCUGGAGACUGUCUGAUUGGCUACAGUGUGGUCUGCGACACGGCACGCUACCACGCCAACCCUAAGUCUGACAAGAGGAGACGGUACAGGAUGAUGCGCUCAAAUGACUCCACCAGCUCCGUGUUCUACCAGUCCCAAGAAGAGGACCAUGGGAAAUCAGCCCCUGAGAGCUGGGCCGCGACGACAGAAGGUGUGGUCACACCCAUUUAUGACACGUACCAGGAGAUGGCGUCAGAGAGAAACCGUGCCCCAGCAGAGCAGGAUGUCAUGGAGUGCAAGACUUCAAGAAGGCGGGCAUACAGCACCAACCAAAUUGUGGACUAUAACCUCAUGAAGAGGGCGUACACCCCCAGCGACCCCAACUCAGCAGCAGGGAAGUACAGCCUGAGGAGAGCCAAUGUUCAGGACCCCAGCAGCCACCCUGGCCCCCACCACGGAGCCCAGUGGUCCACUGACUACCAGCCGCAACUGGCGAGCCUGUGCGCUGCGUCGUCCAGGUCCCGUACCCCUGCCACACAGAGGGCGUCUCACGAUUGGGAAGUGGAAGCCCCCCCGUCGGGCACCGGUGUGCAGGCUGAGGCCCGCAGCAGAGCCACAAUGGACCGAUGCAGGUUUACUACCGACACCCCCUCUGUCAGCAGCUGUGGGGAGCCAGAGGGAUACACCCAUCAGCUCUGUGAAGUAGAAACGCCCUUGGAGCCAUUUCCCCCUGAUUCGAACGCAGCCAAUCUCGACGACCGCAGCUGCAAGGCCGUGAUCACGGGGCUGCUGUGCGGAAAGCCGGUGAAGUGGGAGGUGGCGUUUGACUUGGAGCCCUGCCUGAGGGGGAGAGAGCGGGAGGAGAAGGUACACGAGGACCUGUGGAACGAGACCUUCCACCACCUGGCGGCGCGUUCCAUCAUCCAAGACUUCGAGCAGAUGGCUGAGAAGGAGUGUGAGAUCGAGCAUGGCUCUGGUAGGAGGUACCAGCUUUAUGCCAUUCACACCAGCAAAGCCUGCAACAUUCUCAGCAAAUACACGGCAUUUGUGCCCAUAGAUCUGGAUACCAACGAAUACUUACAGACCGGUAUUGAGUACACAAGCCCAGGGGAAGCACUGAGGCAGGGCAGCCACACGGGCUCGCGCUCGGGAAGCCGAAAGCACCGGGGGUACUCCAUCGGACUGGGGCGCUCCCAGUCUGUCUGCACGUCAGAAGGAGCCGAGGACAGCCCCCUGCCUAUGAAUGUUGAAGAUGGAAUGUCACCCUGUAGCACUCCCUCAUCGUCGGGCUGGGAGCGAUGCAGCUUUCCUGAAGCUCCCCAGCGGAGCCCCUCCAUGGCCUCAGAGCAUUCACAGAGAUCAGUGGAGACCCUCUUCUCUGCCAGACUGAGUCUAACCAGGACACGACUGCUGACUCGGGCCGCCAGAGGGUUCAUGUGUCGGUCACCCAGUAAAGCGAGUGAGUCCGCGGGCGAAGGUGAGGCUGACAACAACGAUUACAUUCCCCUGGUGUCCCUGCAGUUGGCCUGCGGGGCCUUUGCUCUUAACAGUGCCCUUUGCGAAACCAUCAAUGUGCCCAUGGAUAAGCUGAAGUGGACCUCCCCUUUCACCAGCCACCGGGUCAGCCUCACACACGGGUCUCACUCUGGCGGGCACAAGACGGAGGGUCAUGAUGACAGUGGGACAGCCGGGUCACCGUUCAGGGCCCCCACAAGGGAGGAGCUGGGGGCCACCCCAAGCCCUGCCCUUCCCUCCAGGAGUCCCCAGACCGAGGGUGAGCUGGCAGCCCCUUUCCAUGGGUACCCUGUCGAGCCCCCCCACUCCCCCGCCAACUCGCAGACGGACAGUGGGCGGGGGUCAGAGUCGGAGGGCACAGAGACCCCCCCGGCCCUGUCCUGCCCACAGGGAUACCCUGAGCAGGAGGGGAUGAUCUGGGCCACCGCGGUGGCACUAGCCUGGCUGGAGCACAGCUCCGCCGACUACUUCAUCGAGUGGGAGCUGAUCGCCGCCAAGGCCAGCAUGUGGCUGAGCGCCCAGGCCAUUCCGGAGGGCCGCGACCUGGCCGCCAUCAAGACCGCCGCCAACCAGCUCUUCGUCAUCCUCAGGCACUGGGAUGAGAACCUGCAACUCAACAUGCUGUGCUACAACCCCAACAGCGUCUGA